UCUAUUCACACAUUGUGCAUCACUGAGUAUUAGUCUAAUAGUUUGUAAGAAAAAGAAAAGAAAAGGGGAAAAAAUAAGAUUUAGCUAGAUAAGCCCAUAGUAUAGUCGGCAUGUUCUGACUGUAUGACUGCAUGACAUUUCAACGCACCAAUCAGUUGCUGAGGAGCUGAUUGAGUCUACUUCCCUACACCAGGAUAGCUGAGGGGAAACGGACAGACGGACGGCGGUCUCGCACGGAUAUCUCAUCAUCAGCCGAGUCGGGUCGCCUGUGAGAGACCUCCGAGAAACAGCGAGACCAUCCUUUCCUCUUUGGAGAUGGCUGGUAUUUUGGCGUGGUUUUGGAAUGAGAGGUUCUGGCUCCCUCACAAUGUAACCUGGGCUGACUUAAAAAACACAGAUGAGGCAACGUUCCCGCAAGCCGAGGAUCUCUAUUUGGCUUGUCCUUUAGCAUUCUGCAUCUUUAUGAUACGUCUGGUUUUCGAAAGGUUCAUUGCAAGACCAUGUGCCAUGGGCUUAAAGAUUCAAGCCAACGGGCCACAGAAAGCACAGCCCAAUGCCAUCCUGGAGAAGGUUUUCACGGCAAUAACUAAGCAUCCAGAUGAGAAGAGGCUGGAGGGUCUGUCUAAGCAGCUUGACUGGGAUGUGCGCACCAUCCAACGUUGGUUCAGACAGCGGCGCAACCAGGAGAAGCCAAGCACUCUCGCCAGAUUCUGUGAAAGCAUGUGGAGAUUUACAUUCUACUUAUACAUAUUUACCUAUGGAGUGCGGUUUCUUAAAAAGACCCCAUGGUUAUGGAACACCAAAGAGUGCUGGUACAAUUAUCCUUACCAGCCGCUGACUGUGGACAUCCACUAUUACUAUAUACUGGAGUUGUCUUUCUACCUGUCGAUACUCUUUUCUCAGUUCACAGACAUCAGGAGGAAGGAUUUCUUGAUCAUGUUCCUGCACCACGUGGCAACCAUUUCCCUUAUUGUAUUUUCCUACGUGAACAACAUGGCGCGGGUAGGAACACUGGUUAUGUGUCUCCAUGAUGCAGCCGACGUACUGAUAGAGGCUGCCAAGAUGGCCAACUAUGCCAAAUGUCAGAUACUGUGCAACCUGCUGUUUGCAAUGUUUGCAAUUCUCUUCAUAAGUUCCAGGCUGGGAGUUUACCCCGUCUGGAUUUUAAAUACCACUUUGUUCGAGAGUUGGGAGAUUGUAGGACCCUUCCCUUCCUGGUGGGUCUUCAAUCUGCUUCUAGUCCUGCUGCAACUUCUCCACUCCUUUUGGUCCUACCUCAUAGUGAAGACAGCAUGCAGAGCAAUCUCCAAAGGGAAAGUGGGGAAAUGGAAUCCUUUACACGUGUCGAAAGACGACCGCAGCGACAUUGAGUCCAGCUCUGAUGAGGACGACAGCCCCCCACCCAAUCAGAAACACCACAGCAGCACCACCAAUGGAACCAAUAAAAAUGGGACCAACGGGUACCUGAUGGGAGCCCUGUAUGCCAACGAACACUGACUAAACAGAUAUCACAUGAAUGGAGCCAUGUUGCUGACACCACUAUUCAUCUGUGCGUAUGUGUGUUUGUAUUUGAGCGUAUGGUGGAGGUAUGAACAACACCACCACAUCAUCGUCUCGCAGUUCUCGAUAGAUUCAUGUGAAUGCAGUUAUGUUAUGGAUUCUUUACUUAUUUUGUGCAAUUAAUGCUCUUCAUCUAUAUAUUUGCAUCAGACUGCACUCACUGAAAAAUGGACGCACUCCUGUUGGUACAACCCACUCUGUUAGCCAAUGAAUGACAGCUUUCCACUCUCUGGUGUAAGCAUGCUAGUUUAACUUGCAGCGAUCAGGCAUACUGUUUUCUCCUAUGUUUGUGUCUUUUUAUGUUAUUUAUUUUUUAUAAAUAUGUUUGCAGAUUAUAGUCUUAAACAAAAACACAGUUGUGUUUCUCUCAUCACACAUCAUGAGUAUUUGCAAAAUGCUGAAGACCUGGGUUUACUUUAAAUGCUACACCCCCAAAGAUUUGCCAAAACAGUGACUGAUUUUGUUUUCACUCACAAAUGAAAAGUAAUGUGAAGUUUACUCAGAUUUGAUAAUGGAAACAUUUCUCCACUCAAGCUGUAUAUGAGAUGUCAGUAACAGUAUUAUGUGUGUGCAUCAGAUAUGGCUAGACGCUGUAUUUCCUAUUGAAUCAUUUUGUUAGUUAUUCUGGUACAUUUCUGGUAAGCAUUACAUUAAAGGCCAUUUGUUCUCUUAAGAGGUAGACAUGAGUUGUUUGCAUUAUUCAAUUAAAAAAACAUGAAGACUG